CAGGACUGGGAGACAAAAUGUGGCAUAUACAAAACUGAAUUGAUACAGUCAGCAGUGAAUGACAUGUGGUUUGUGAACCGCAGUGAUGAGGGUGUUAUUCACAGUAGAUAUUUCGAGCCUUUACCAGUUGAAAUUAUUGCGCUUAUACUCACAGCUAUUGAAUAUUGCAUUGAUGAGUGGAUAACCAGAGUCAAGGAAGACAUUAAAUUCUCAGCAGCUACCUAUUCUCCCGUCUACCAGGUUCAUCUCACCUCCUUGCAGCGGUUCAAUGAGUGGACUUCUGCUGACAAUAUCCUUGAUGUUGCUCAGUACGUUCCUGACCACUAUUGA